UGACUCCCGCAAGUCAAAUAAUAGCGAAUGGACCGGAAAAGUGCACUGUGUGAAGGAGUUACUUUUGAACUGUUUACACCGCAAAACCAGUGCCUUCGCUGACUGAGGAGAAAUCGUUGUAUUGUCGUGUACGUUAACAUGAAGUUGGCAGUUUUUACAUGCCUUGCGCUCUGCCUGAAUGUAGAGAAUUGCUUCUCAAAGGCGUUUUGCGGAUACCCGCCGUCGCGGUGGUGUGAGACUCCCGAGAUUGCCGAAGAAUGCGGGGUUGGUCUGCACUGCGCGGAGCGUAACGCCACCCGGCCCAGCGGCGCCGGGUCGGUGCAGGUGGCGCUGUACUAUGAGAGCCUGUGUCCCGGCUGCAGGGGUUUCCUGACGCAGCAGCUCUUCCCCACCUGGAACAUGCUGCAGGACAUCAUGGCCGUGGAGCUCGUGCCCUACGGCAACGCGCAGGAGACAUUUGAUGGGCAGAAGUACAAGUUCACUUGCCAGCAUGGGGAGGAUGAAUGUUUGGGGAACAUGAUCGAGACGUGUGUGCUGAACUGUGCGGGCAGUGCAGCUUUUCAGAUUAUCUACUGCAUGGAGUCGGCGUUUGACGUGCUGAGUGCCGGCGAGCCUUGUGUGAAGCUGUAUGCUCCCUCCAUAAAGUGGGACAGCAUCAUGAAGUGUGUGAAGGGGGACCUGGGGAACAAGCUGAUGCAUGCGAACGCCCAGAAAACGGGGGCGCUGAAGCCUCCCCACAAAUACGUGCCCUGGGUGACCAUCAACGGGGAGCACACAGAUGACAUUCAACAGAAAGCAAUGUCAUCUCUUUUCAACCUGGUCUGCAGCUUGUAUAAGGGACCCAAGCCAGAUGCCUGCACUGGAGCUGCACAGAAACUGGACCGAAGUUACUGCUGAAAGGAGACAUGGGCGUCGGCACCUUACACCUCUGUCAGUUAUGAUUACUGACGAGCACUGGGACUGUAGCACGGGCCGAGGUGAACUCCUCAUGCGACAUUUUGCACUUAUCCAUCACUAUUGACUGUUGUUUUCAUAUCGCUGUUAAAAUCAACAUGCCCGUAUCAGUGUACACAUGUAGACAACAUAACUGAUGAAUUUAUUCAGAUACAGACAGCAUUUUGUAAAUGCCCAAUAUCUCAUUUCUGAUGUGAUCCACUGUAAUGAUCAGCUUUUUUAUUUUUGUCCCUUAUUGAAAAUGCUAAUAUCCAAACAUUUUUUUUUUAAAGAAAUUGUUUAAUAGUUUUGGACCUCAGAUGCUCCUGCCAAAUAAAUGAUUUUACAUC